GUGGUUUUUGUGCUGCGCGUGUUCAAGCGGGAAGCCAAGCCUCUUUUUGGAAGCGUCAUAUCAGCAAAGUUUAGAAGCCGCCAUCGCCAUUGCUUUCGGCGCUUUAGAAUUAAAAUAUAAUUUAAAUUUGAUUGUAUUAUUCGAUUUAUAUUGAGAACAAUGAGUCGAAGAUCUGCGACGACUACCAAAGUGUUUGUGGGAAGUUUGCCCCCGCAAGCAACAACCGAUGACUUGAGAAAAUUAUUUGAGAAUUAUGGCGCAAUUGCUGAAUGUGAUAUCGCAAAUAGAUGUGGUUUCCUUCACUUGGAAGAUGCCGACUUAGCAAUGAAAGCUAUUGAAGAUUUGAAUGGCACUGAUUUCAUGGGAGGUAAAAUCUCUGUGGAAAAAGGAAGGGUUAAGCCAAGAGGAGGUCGUGGGGGACGUGGUGGUGGUGGACCCAUGCGAGGUGGACGUGGUGGUGACCGCGGAGGCCCAUACUCGAGAGGAGGUGAUUUCCGUGGUGGUCCUAGAAACGGUUAUGGUGGUGGACGAGACUUUGGCUCUUAUGGCGGUGGUGACAGAUAUGGUGGAGGCGGUUACGAUAGGCCUCCCAGAGAUUUUGGACCUGGUGGUGGAUUUGGAGGAGGCAGAGGUGGCUUUGCUGGCGGGGAUAGACGUCCCUUCAACAAUAGUUUUGGUGAUCGCGGAGCAAGAUCUUUUGGCGAAGAGAGAGGAGGUGGCUUUGAGGACAGACGAGGAGGUGGAGGAGGAGGGUUCGAAGAUAGACGACCACCAAUGGGAGGUGAUAGAAGGCCCCCUCCAAUGGUAGAUCAAGGAGGCCCAGGAGGACCAAGACCUGGACCAGGUGGAUUUGAUAGGGGUGGCGAUUUAUACAGCCGUAGAGACAACGGACCUAAGGGUGGAGAUUUUAACGGUGGUCCAAAUGGUUACAGUAACGGUGGCUACGGAGGUGGGCCAGGUGGCGGAUUUGGGGGUGGUGACCGUUAUGGAGGCAAUCAAGCGGGAGGAUAUGGAGGUGACAGAGGCAACUAUGGUGGUGGCUAUGGAGGGGACUCUUUCAAUAAUGGUCCACGUGGUGGUGGCGGCGGCGGCGGAUCCUAUGAUAGCGCCUAUCCACCCUUGCCACAACAGAGAGGAGGCUUUGGAAGCGGCGGUGCGGGUGGACCACGAAUGUCGGGGGGCCCUGGUGGACGCAAGUUUUAAUUCCUACGAAACAAAGACGUUAGCGCUGACGUUAAUAAACUUCGCCCCAUGAUAUUGGGAUUAUUUUCUGUACAUUCAGUAAUCUAAGUAUUUUAAUUGAUAGUAAUUCAAGUAACGGGGGCUCUUAUAACUAUUUUUGCGAAAUUUUAACUUGAAAUAAGAAGUUUUGACCUUUUGAGCUAAAAACUUCUUUUUCGCAUUCCCAAAAAUUCCCCUUUUAGUUGAUAAGUUAAUUUUUACAAUUUGUUUCUGAUAGACAAAUUUUCCAAUAGAUUAGUUUUGAAAUCAGGACGUGUUUGUUUUUUAACGUGUUCUCGAAAAUGAAAAAAAUGUAUGUAUAGAAAUAAAUGGAAGGUUUAGAUAUAA